AAAUCAGGGUUUUACACUCUUCAGUAUUCUUCUCCAUUUUCCCCUUCUCUCCUCUUUCCCGUUUCUCCGGUGACCCAAAAUGACCAAAUUCAGGAAAUUGAAUCGUCCGACGGGACAUCGGAUGUCCAUGCUCAGGACAAUGGUGUCACAAUUAGUGAAGCACGAGCGGAUUGAAACCACCGUUGCUAAGGCAAAGGAAGUCAGAAGGUUGGCCGACAAUAUGGUUCAGUUUGGAAAGGAGGGAACUCUAUGUGCUGCAAGACAGGCAGCUGCCUUUGUGCGUGGGGAUGAUGUCAUUCAUAAACUCUUCACUGAAUUGGCCUACAGAUACAAAGAUAGAGCUGGUGGAUACACGAGAAUGCUCCGAACUCGCAUUCGAGUAGGUGAUGCUGCACCAAUGGCCUAUAUAGAGUUUAUUGAUAGAGAAAAUGAACUUAGACAAUCCAAACCACCAAAUCCUCAACCUCCACAGAGACCAGCCAUGGAUCCCUGGACAAGAUCUCGUCUUAGCCGGCAGUUUGCACCACCUAAGGAGGAGAAAAUCUCUGACUCUGACAGUUAGCAUGAGUUUUUUUUCUGGGAAGUGAAUUCUAGAUGAUUGUUUUGUCUUUUCAAUUCGUAAUGAUAUAUCUGUGUUUUACAUAUUUGGAGGCCUACAUGUAGGUGUAAUGAAAAUAAUGUUUCAUUCAACAGUACUAGGCGUGGUGGGUGAUAAAUUGACCUGGUUUUAAG